AUGAAGACCCUGCUCCUGACCUUUGGCCUUGGCCUCAUCACUGCCUUGCAGGCCCAGGACCCCACAGCCUCAGAUGAGAAGAAUCAGGAUUUGUCAGGCACGUGGUAUCUGAAGGCCGUGACAGCAGACAAGGAGAUUCCCAGUCAGAAGCCAGAGUAUAUGGCCCCUGUGUCCCUCACGAUCCUGGAGGGGGGCAACCUGGAGCUCAAGUACUCCAUACCGAGAACAGGCCACUGCCAGGACAUGAACGUUGUCCUGGAGAAAACUGAUGAGCCAGGCAAAUACACAGUCGAUGGGGGCAAGCAUGUGAUGUACAUCACAGCGUCGCACGUGAAGGACCACUUCCUUAUCUACUGUGAAGGCGAGCUGCAGGGGCAGCAGAUCCACGUGCUGAAACUCGUGGGCAGAGACCCUGAGGACAACCAGGAAGCCGUGGAGGACUUCGAGAAGGCCGCCACAGCCAGAGGACUGAGCCUGAAGCACAUCUUCUUCCCCAAGCAGAGUGAAACCUGCUCUCCAGGAAGGCUGACUGGAGGCCCUGAGGGCAUGACGUGUGCUGUCCCCCAUCGUCCCCCAGAGGCUGGCAUGUGCGCCCCACGCUGCAGCCCCCGACAGCCUGUCAUGUGCCCCCCACGCUGUAACCCCCAAUAA